UGUUGUACCUAUCGUACAUACAAUUUAGUAGCGACCGAAACGUCGCAGCGUAAACACGAGAUUAUGGGUGCUCCACGGAAUGUCCACAGCAAUUGUUAGGCUAGUGUAGAGUGUCCCGAGAGUGAUUUGAUUAUACAUAGAAUUUCAACAACAAAAUAACCCCGACAGAUCCGUGAAUAGCCCCCUUCUCCGCCCCCUGAAGGUAGCGCACAGAAAGCUACCACACGGUCUCCGAUAGUAGGUGAACAAACCGCGCGGUUAAUCCGUUUCCGGUUGUCGAGUUGACGAAACGCGCGGCCCCGUCAGUACAGCAGUCAAGUUAAGAGCGAAUAUCGUUCCGUCGUAAUUGGUGGAGAAAACAUUGGCCGGUCCAACAAAGAAUCGCACACCUUACCGUGAUUGUUUGGUGUGUCACGCGGAAAACAAAGGAAUACUUAGCGCUUAGUGGUGACAAGAUCCUGAAAGUGUAGUUUUGCUGAAAGAAGAAAGGCGGAACAAGAAUCUGCGACCGCAAUACAAGUUGACAACGAAAACAAAACAAAAAUUGCCGUGUAUUAAUGACAAAAGCCGUGUAACCUGAAACAACGAAAAGGUGAUCCUCUUGGUUCGAGGUUCCCCCUCAAGUGUCCGCCCGAUUGAGUUUAGUGUUUCGUAGAGAGAAAAAAAAACGCGCAAAACAGAGUGUGUGGAAUAUCCAGUGACUAGAGGGAGAAAAAAAGCGACAAAAUGGAAUCAUCUGCCAGUGCAAUGUUGCACCCAACUUACAGUGGAUGCUGUUCGCUGAUCGACGUAGAAAAUUGACACAAUUGUGUUCCCUUCGCGAUCGAUUGUUGAGCCUGUAGUAGAUAGUUGUUCCAAAGCACCGUGACUACGUCUUGAACGGAGUUGUUUUUCUUUUCUGUUGUUUUGUUUUUGUGCGUGGCAGUAAGGAAGGUGCAAGGGCAAAUAGCAGUAGCAGCAGCGGCGGUAAGGGCAUCAACCCCCGCGCGAAACAAAAAAUAACAAGUGAUUCCAAAUGUUGUCUUGCCUGGUGCCGCCCCGCUUCGGACAAGAGGACAGUAUCAUGCCGUCGUCGGCGAAGUUCGCCCUGCAGUUUCCACCAUUGGCAUCCGGGCUACCGAAAGACGAUGAAAGUAACACCCCGCAGACAGAUUGCUUCCUUCAGUGUCCACAGUGUCACGCGUCGCUGCAGGGUUUUCAGGCCCUGAAGGAGCAUCUCGAAACAGUGCAUUCCAUGAUUAAGCAAGAGCAUGGCUCCGCAACGCCCUCACCCCCGCUGUCGGCAUUCUAUCAGCAAUCGUUCCAAUCAAUAGGUGCUUCCCUGCCGUCUCCACCCGUUUCUUCCUCUGCGCUGGACAGCAGCUGCAACGAGCCAACCUCCCUGGCGGCGGCGACGACUAAUGGCAGAAGUAGUAGUAGUAACAGCAACAGCAGCAGUACCAGCAGCAGCAGUAGUAGUAGUAGCGAUAGUAGCAGUAGAAGUACCUUGGCAGGUGGUGGUCUUAGCGCUGCCACCGUUGCCGCAAUUGCUGACGAAGGUGGGCGGUCUAUUAGUCCAACGAAUAGCAACAGCAGCAGUAUUGGAGGUGGCAGCAGCUACGGGAUUGGCGGCGGUGGCCACAGCAGCAGCGGAGAACCCUACGCAUGCUUACAAUGCUCCGCCUCAUUCCCGAACCGUGACUUACUCGAGAAGCAUGAGCUGAUGCACGUACCUAAUGCUCUGGUGAGCUGCAAAGUGUGCCACAAGCAGUUCGCCAACGUGUACCGGCUCCAGCGCCACAUGAUCUCCCACGACGAGUCGACGCUGCUCCGAAAAUUUAAAUGCACCGACUGUGAUAAGGCUUUCAAGUUCAAACAUCACCUGAAGGAGCAUGUGCGCAUCCACUCGGGGGAGAAACCGUUCGCGUGCACCAACUGUGGCAAGCGGUUCUCCCAUUCCGGUUCCUACUCGAGCCACAUGACCUCGAAGAAGUGCAUCAGCAUGGGACUCAAGCUGAACAACAACAGCAACAGCGUUACUAACAACAACAAUAACAACAGCAGCACCAGUCCCGUUGGUAGCAAAUCGGAGAAAGGCAGUCGCCGUUCCGGAUCGUACUUACCGGGUGGUAGUCCCGCGGCUGCUGGCCUAUCCAACGGUCAGCUGGCGAAUGGCCAUAACACGAACAACAGUGCACCGAACCCGAACGCAUUCCUCCCGAUGCUACCCAAGUAUCCGUCAAACUACGAAGCCAUGAAUGCGGCUUUCCUCGCAUCAUUUCACAACCCCUUCUACCCGAUGGCUUCCCUGAACCCGGGCAACCCGGCGUUCAGUCCCUACGGCAUACAGCGUCUGCUGCAGCUUUCAGCGGUUGGUGGUCCCAAACCGGACAUGGAAUCAAUCCUUCUGAACAGCCAGCAACAGCUAAGUGCAGAUCUGAAGCAGGACACCGAGAGCAAUUCCAAGACCCCAAGCGGCCAUUCCGAGGCAGAAGAUAUGAUCGAUGAAAUUGUGGAAGAUGCCACCGAGGAGGUGGAGCCCAAAUUGGUCAUGGAUGUGGACGACGACGAAGACGUCGACGAGGAAGACGACGAGGAGCAGAACAUGAGAGGGCAAACCGAAGAAACUGAUGUCUCAAUGGCCGAGCGAAAAGACAUUAGAGUAGACGAUGACGAUGACCGGCAUCCAGCGCAGAAUUCUCCGGCCAGCAGAGAGCCCCAUCCGGCGCCAUUCUCGCAAAUCUCAUCCGACAACGAAUACCGUAACAUUUUAAACGAUAUGAAGCAGAAAAUUCUAGACGUUGCUCACCGCAUGUCGGCCGGGGAUCAAAUCGUCCAAAGACAGUCCACCCCUGUGCCGGUGGAAAAUGAACGGAUCAAACUGGAGCGGCCGGAGUCUGUGUCACCCGAGCUCAACAUUGAUACGGACAACUACACCCCCGGUCUGGAACCGCCGGUUUCCCCAGCAGCGGUGACAAUCAAGCGCGAAACCAAGGAGGAAGAGGCUGAUCUUGCUAAGCAGAUAAACGAAGCAACCCUUCUGCAGUGUCAGCAGUGCAAAGCCACUUUCAACCACCAAACAGAACUGGUGCAGCACGAGCAAGUGCUGUGCCAAUCGUUGUUGUUUCAAAAGCAGAUGGCAGCAGCAGCGGCUGCUGCAGCCGCCGCUAAUAGCUAUCUACCGAUGAACAGCAGCAGUGAAGAUGACGGUGAUUUCGACAGUUCCAAACUGACUGGUUCUGAACGCAGUGGAAAAGUUCGCGUGCGAACUGCCAUCUCCGAGGAGCAGCAGAACGAAUUGAAAAAGUAUUACGCCCUGAACAACAAACCGAACCGGGAAGAGUUUCAGCUGAUUGCCAAACGCGUUGGUAUGGAAGCUCGUGUAGUGCAGGUUUGGUUCCAAAACAACCGCUCGAGGGAACGUAAGAUGGGUAACAUUGUGCGCCCUCCGGCACCAAGAGACACGCCCGCUUCUCCGGCUUUCACCCCAGGAGCUACGACAAACGGACAGACCUCCUCCGGUGAAGCCGAGCAACCGCUUGAUUUGUCGAUCAAGAAAACUGACUCCAACCCGUCUAGUUCACCCCGUUACGGUACGGCUCCCCUGACUCAACCUGAAAGCGGCACUUUGCUGGACGAAGCCAUGAAUCUCAGUGUGAAGUCUUCCCGUAGCUCGACCCCAUACAAAGGACUCUACCCGUACACUCAAUUUUCGGCGGAAAUGCUGAUCCGCCAAACACCGUCACCAAACGAAACCGCGGCCCAUCCUCGCCAGCAGCAAAUUCGACCGCCAGCCGUUUCCAGCUAUCCCACGAUGACACCCACCGCAAGUGGUUUCGUCGGUAUGGACCGGCUGCUUCAGCAGUUCUCCCCGGAAAUGGCUCGAGCUCCGGUACGCGCCGAAAGUCUCAGCCCCGGGGCAGAAAAGCGCGCGUGGCGUGACCUGGAGCAGUACGAAGCCGCCGUAAAACUCCACAGUCAAUCACCGUACGACGAGCACAAACUACUCCAAAUGCAAUCGAUGCUGAACGUACCGAAACGAGUGCUCGGAUAUUCCACCGCGAACCAUGGCGGCGCCAAAGAGUUACCGGAUGCCGAGGGACAGUACGUGUGCGAUCAGUGCGAUAAGGCGUUCAGCAAGCACAGCUCCCUCCAGCGACACAAGUACGAACAUUCAGGACAACGUCCGUACAAGUGUGUGGAAUGUCCGAAAGCAUUCAAACACAAACACCAUCUGACGGAACACAAGCGGCUGCACAGCGGCGAGAAGCCGUUCCAGUGCUGCAAGUGUCUGAAGCGCUUCUCGCACUCCGGUUCCUACAGUCAGCACAUGAACCACCGAUACUCGUACUGCAAACCGUACAGGGAAGGCAAAUAAGAUGAGGACCAGGGACGGGAAGUUCCGUCCCCAGUCAUCAACGGUGCCUAUCCAUCGAUGGCUGUUGUUUCCUCCCAGCAUCAUCAUCAUCAGCACCACCAGCAUCCCCAGUCCGGUCGACCCGGCCGAAGAGGUCGCCGAGGGGGAUCGGUUGCAUCACUGGUCUAUCCUGGACCGCCUCCGCCACCACCUCCGCCGCCUCCACCACCGCCAGCAUUGAGAACGGGCCCUCCCACUGGGUCCUUCCCACCUGCUAUGUCGGUUUCCUACUUCGAUCGACGGCUCCUGGUGGACAGCUAUCUUAACCCGAACUUUUUGGCUUAUGGAAGCGGACUUGGUGGUGUACACUGAACGCAGAACUGUACAUAAACUUGCUCUCCACGGAACUUUCUUCCGGACAGGUUGGAGAACUUCAUUUAGUUAGUGUUGAUUAUUGAUUAGUAAGGUUUUCGAGGUAUUUUUGGCGCAAUCCAAAACGGAAGUCAACGAAUCAUCGUACUUAAAAUUUCAAAAUAUGAAGAAGCGAAAGCACGCAAAAAAAUUAAACUGAACCCAGUUACUAAUAUUCUCCGAUUAGUAUGGCUAGCGGCUUGGCGAUUUGCUGCGCCGAAAGUAACGCCGCAAAAAAGCAAACAAAAAGCUGUGCAUUUAAUUAAAAUCGUUUGUUCAAGGUUUCUUGUGAGCCCGAACCCGACCACGCGAGGGUUGGCUCCGAAAAAAAACAGCGAAACAGCAAAACUCUUAAGCAAGCAACUUGAAUCUCAUUCCCUUCGCUAAGGUUUUUUUUUUGUGUAGUGUAUAGAACUUAAAUCCGUUAUGAUUUCCAGUUUACUUAUUUCUCUGUAACAUUAAGUAAUUUAGAGUUUAAGCGCUGCCUCGCACUAUGCGCCUCUGCGGAUAGUGGACGCGCCACCUGUAGAAUACUCGAAGUGAAUUCUGUUGCCAUAAACGAAAGCGAAAAUAACCGUUAUGUUGCAAAAUUCGAAUAAAAAACGCAUCAAAGGCUGGGUCUAGCAAUUUUUGUUUGUUUAAUUUUAUUUUACGUCUACAACCUAUGCAACUAUCCUUAAGUGAAACCAAAAAAAAACUAGAAGAAACCAGACAAACAUAUACGCAUUUUUGGACCACACGGUGUUAACAAGACAAUACAAUAAAGUAAAUUUAACCCUUAACUCGUAUUAACAAAUAAUGAAGAAAAAACAAUUCAAAUUCUUUAGAAGGCUAACAUGAAAUAAAAAAAACUUUUUCCCUACUUUUCCUUCCAAAUUCAAAAACUAAUUCGCGAUUCCCUACCCAGAAAAAAAAACACUUCCUUGUUGUAAAAACGCUAGCAAAAGGCCAUACGGCAGCGUGAAAAAGGGCGAAAGGGGCUCCCGAUUGACGCUCGUAGGAAAAAGGGCGCUUCGCUUCGAUAUCGCGAUAUCAAUUUAUAUGGUUUCAGCAAAACGCGCACGCGUAUCGAAGCACACAAACCUUUACUUCGAGUGAACAGUUGGACCCCAUUUCCGCCCUACGCGUAUGUAAAGUCAAAAGCUUCACUGAUUACAGAUUUACUAUAUUUCUACUAAAACAAAACAACUGCAAACAAAAAAUCCUAAAGCAUAGAAACAAUGUUUGUAAAUAUUCGCACACAGGAGACACACAAAAAACAGCACACUGUAGAACGAAUGUAAGGUUUAGUAUAAAACUUGCUUACCCAUGUAAAGUAUAACCCCGUAAGCUGUGUAUUAUAACUUUGUAAGGCGGUCCUUAGAGCUAAGUAAGUAAGUAAGCAAGCAAGCAAGAAGCGCUGGUUGAGCAAACAUGAAAAAAGAACAUCGAGUUAUAUUGAAAAUCUUUUUUACAAAGUGCAGAAUUACAAAGAGUAAUAAGUGAAUAAAUAAAAAUAGCCAUAACCGAGCGGACAACGAAACUGUUAAUUUAGUAAAAAAACGUAUUGCCUCCAGAGACAGAGAAAGAGAGAGAGAGAACGCGUUUCUCCAGUAGAGGAAAAAAAAAUCUGCGGGGCGUAAAACAAGUGUCUUUUAAAUUAACAUUAACUUGAAUUGCUAAUUUUAUUAUUACUACUGAAUACUAUUAUUGAGCAUUAUUUAGUUAUUGAAUUAUUACUUAAGAAGGGUAAAAGAUGAGAACUCGUGAAAAAUAUUAUAUUUAAAGAAUAAUGUACUGUUAAAUAUUUCUACGAAUACUCAAAACAAAAAAAAGGCAACAAAAAACUAAAAUUUGCAAACAAUAAUGAAAAUACCAGAUAACCAUUCCAGCAGAAGAGGAAGAUUAACUCAAGCAAGCUGAUUAACGAACGGGAGAGGGAAAGGCAACUCUUGCGCAAAAAAAACUAAGCAAGUUUCAAACUACUUUAGACAAAUUACAGUAUAUUGCAUUCUUGUAUCUGAUAAAAAAAAACGUCAACAGCAGUAACAACAAAGAAAAACUCAUAAACCGACAAUAAUUGCGGAGAAAACGGAACUUGCAACAACGGGUUGGCACUCCGACACGUAGAAGAGACAGCCGAGACGCAAACCGAAAAUACAAACGCUUACCUAUCGAAGGCGGGCAGCAGCAUUAGGAAAGAACGAACGGCUCUAGAUUUGCCUUAUUUAACGCGGUUUGCUCAAACAGUUUUUCCUAAGUUACGUUCUCUCAUACAAGGCGAAAAGAAAGUUCUCCCGAUUUUCAGCACUAACUUGAACAGAUGCUUCUGUUUCUUUUUUCUUCAAGCAUGUUUUAGUUGCUCUUUCUGAAGUAAUUAGCUUGUAAGUAAAAUUUUAUUAUUAAGUUGCAGUCAAGCAAAUUGUUUGUACAAAAAUUAAAGAAAAAACCGACAACGAUGAAAAUGUUUAUACAUACACAAUUUUCGGACCCAAAGCUAGCAAUCCAAAGAAAAACAAUUUUAGUGCUCUUAGUUUGAUUUUGAUCAGUGUUUUCAAAAUUGUUUGUACAGAAAAGUGAAACAAGAGCUCACUAAAAAAUCGAACAAAAAUGGUAGAACCAAAGCCAAAACAUUAACUUUAAUUUCUAACUUCUAGUUUUUAAGGAAACUUUUUAAAGCAGUACGCGUCGUAUGUAAUGUAUGAUUUUCAGUUAACAUCUGCCCGUUGAACAUUUUAUUAACUUUAUUGAGAGUUUUAUUAUUUUCAUUCUUCCAAAGAGAUUAACUUUACCCUCUGAACGGUGUGCAAUUUGUGCCAAACAGAACGAAUAAAAAAAAAACAAAAAAAAACGAUUGCGAAAUUGCAACUACUUUACAACUGCAUGACUCAGAGGAAAACGAACAACGCAGAGCAAGUCCAGCAACUGAAGCAAGACGAUGAUGUUGAGAAAAAUUAAAUUAAAAAAAAACUACAAGUUACUUCACGUAUUUUCCCGAUUUAAUGGAAGUUGUAACUAUGAAGUAAGAAGAAGAAGAGCAAAAAUCGGUGAACAAAAAGUAUGUCCUUAAGUAUAUGAAAAAUUUAAAAUAUAUUAUAUAUAUACAAAUAUAAAAUAAUUAUGAAAAAAUAAA